GGACCCGAAGGCCGGCGAGUGCGGGCGAGGGCGGCCCAGCCUGCGGUUUUCGGGGGCGUGGGGUGCGGCCAGCGCCCCCUGCGGCUCCCAGAGCCUGGCCCCGACCUGCAGGGUCCCGCGGGCCUCAGUCUCCCGGGUGGUCCCCUUGCGGGGGGGGGCGGGGUCUGGCAGCACAGGAGCCGCGGGGGAGCGGGGCGCAGGGUCCGCACCCUCCUCCAGGGUCGGUGUGACAUCCCCCCGCCCACAGCCCGUCUUGAUUCUCCUGUGCACACAGCAGCGCCUUCCCCACUCGUGUGCCAGCUGAAAGCAUUGUCUCCCAGCUAUUUCUGUCCCACUUCCAGCCCCUCUGCGAAUACUGCAUCUAAGAAAACAUACGCUGAGCUGGAGCUCCUGGGGUGGCCCCCGUGGAAGAAACUGGCUUUUUCCCACCAGGGAGCGGGUUGGUUGGGGCCCCUGGGUGGAGCCGCAGCCCCGCCCGCUCAGCCCCCAGCGCCGUGUCAAGUGUUUGGUUAAUCUGAAUUGCCAAAAAGAAUUUUCCAAGUCACCGGCGAUUACAGAAACUGGAUUCUUCCUUGAGAACAAGAGAAAAACAUUCUCCAAGAGAAGCAGCAGCAAACGUCCCACACCCUCGUGUGGGCCCGUGUUCCCCCAACUAUUUGUGUGAAAGAGGAGAGAAGAAAGCAGAAAAAGAAAAGGCAGGACCCGGCCUCUUCCCCGCCGCUGGCUGGAGCCCUCGGUCCUCAUCCACGAAGACUGACCCACCAUGUUUUAUGGGACCCACUUCAUCAUGUCUCCACCCACCAAGAGCAAGCUGAAGCGUCAGAGUCAGCUGCUGUCCAGCAUGCUGUCCCGGACGCUGAGCUACAAGGACCGUGACCUGGACGCCGCCCUCUCCAGCCUGGGGGCCAGCGACGACCCCGCGGAGCUGUCCACCCAGCUCUCGGCCCCCGGCGUCCUGAAGGUGUUCGGGGACAGCGUCUGCACAGGCACCCACUACAAGAGCGUCCUGGCCACCGGCACGUCCAGUGCCCGGGAGCUGGUCAAAGAGGCCUUGGAGCGCUAUGCCUUGAGCCCCGAGUGCGCCAGCCAGUACGUGCUGUGUGACGUGGUGGGCCAGGCCGGCGCCUCCGGGCAGCAGUGGCAGGCCGAAUGCCUUCGGGUGUUUGGGGACAACGAGAAGCCCCUCUUGAUCCAGGAAUUAUGGAAACCCCGAGAAGGCCUGUCCCGGAGGUUCGAGCUGAGAAAGAGGUCAGACGUGGAGGAGCUGGCGGCCAAGGAUGUGGACACUAUGACAGCAGGCAUCAACGCCCAGGCCCGGAGGCUGCAGCGGAGCCGCGCCAAGGGGACCCCGACCCUGGUCCCGGGGGGCGCACGGAGCCCCCCUCCACCCCGGCUGCGCCGCACGGUCAGUGAGACCAGCCUGAGCCAGGCCGCCGCCCAGGGCUCUGAGGAGCCAGGCCAGGACGCCAUGCGCUACUCGCUCUAUGAGUCGCCCCACCUGCUUCUCCUGCAGGGUUACAGCCAGCAGCAUGACAGCCUGGUGUACGUGCUCAACCGGGAGCGGCACACAGUAGGCCAGAGGACCCCCUCCAGCAAGCCCAGCAUCAGCCUGUCGGCCCCCGACAUCCUGCCCCUGCACUGCACCAUCCGCAGGCGCCAGCCUGCGGGCCGAGAGCAGGCGGGGGCCCGGCUGGUCCUGGAGCCCAUCCCGGGGGCGCCCGUCUCCGUCAACUUCUCAGAGCUGGGGGGCCGGACCGUGGCGCUGCGCCACGGGGACCUGCUCUCCCUGGGCCUCUACUACCUGCUGCUGUUCAAGGACCCGGCACAGGCCCAGCCCCUGCCCGCCCAGGCCCUGGCCCGCCUCCGGGCCGGGCCGCCCAGCUGCCGGCUGUGUGGUGCUGUGCUGCGGGCCCGGGGCGCCUCGGGGGCUGCGCGGGCCGCCCUCCCCCGGCCGAGGCAGCUGCACCUGGAGUUCGAGCCCGAGGUGGAGGACACGCUGCUGCAGCGGAUCAUGACGCUGAUCGAGCCCGGCGGCGAUGACCACAAGCUGACCCCCGCUUUCCUCCUCUGCCUCUGCAUCCAGCACUCGGCCACCCGCCUCGAGCCAGGCUCGUUCGGGCAGCUCCUGCUCAAGAUAGCGAAGUCGAUCCGAGAGACAGUCUGGGAGAAGACCAAAGAACUGGCGGAGAAGCAGGCGCACCUCCAGGAGCCCCUGUCGCUGGCCGGCGUCAGCAUGGCGGGCCUCGUGCCAGACCUGCAGCACAUCCUCUUCUGGAUGUCCAACUCCGUCGAGCUCCUGUUCUUCAUACAGCAGCAGUGCCCGCUCUACAUGCAGAGCCUGGAGGAGGAGCUGGAUGUCACGGGCUCGAAGGAGUCGCUGUUCUCCUGCACCCUGACGGCCAGCGAGGAGGCCAUGGCGGUGCUGGAGGAGGUCAUCCUGUACGCCUUCCAGCAGUGCGUCUACUAUGUGUCCAAGACCCUGUACGUUUGCCUCCCGGCCCUGCUGGAGUGCCCCCCUUUCCAGUCGGAGCGCCGGGAGAGCUGGUGCUCGGCCCCCCAGCUGCCCGAGGAGCUGCGGCGCGUCGUGUCCGUGUACCAGGCCGCCCUGGACCUCCUGCGGCAGUUCCGGGUGCACCCCGAGAUCGCGUCCCAGGUGCUGGCCUACCUCUUCUUCUUCUCCAGCACUCUGCUCUUCAACCAGCUCCUGGACAGGGGUCCCUCUCUGAGUUGCUUCCACUGGCCCCGAGGCGUCCAGGCCUGCGCCCGCCUGCAGCAGCUCCUGGAGUGGACGCGGAGUGCUGGCUUUGGGGAGGCCGGCGAGCACUUCUUCCGGAAGCUUUCCUGCACGCUCAACCUGCUGGCCACGCCCAGUGCCCAGCUCAUCCAGAUGAGCUGGGCAAACUUGCGGGCCGCGUUCCCCGCCCUGAGCCCGGCGCAGCUGCACCGGCUGCUGACUCAGUACCAGCUGGCCUCGGCCAUGGGCCCCAUGAGUGCGUGGGAGCCGGGUGCCCAGGACAGCGCUGAUGCCUUCAAAUCAGAGGAUGUCCUGGAGUCCUAUGAAAACCCCCCGCCCAUCGUUUUGCCGAGCGAGGGCUUCCAGGUGGAUCUGGAAGCCGACUGCCCGGACGACAGCAUCUACCAGCACCUUCUCUACAUCCGCCACUUCCUCUGGAGCCUGCGGAGCAAGCCCGGCCCCGGCGGGGGGCCUCCCCAGCCCGAGGGCCUUGAGGGCCCGCACCACCCCGCCCCUGAGGGGCACCCCGAGGGCCAGAGCUGCCCCGUGGCUUCCAGGGACCCCGGGAGGGGAGCCCGGGACGCUGGCCUGGUGCACCCGCUGCCUUCUGCUGUGGCUCCCCGGGCACAGGGCCCUCCGGGAAGGCAGCCUGGCCGCGUGAGCCGUGGGGGCCCCCAGGCCGGCCCCCCGCACACGGACUCCUCGUGCCUGCUCACGCCGCCCAGCACCCCACUCGGCCUCGAGCCCGCUGUCCCCGACUGGCCAGAGCCCGGCGGUGGCACCCGUGGGAACUCGCCCCUGGAAUGGAGGAGGAACGGGCCCAGCGGCUCCCGCGGUGCCGCUCUGGAAGGAGGCUGUGCGGCGCCUGCAGACGAGCCCCCUCCAGUCCCCUCCAGCUGCAGCUCUAGCACAGAUGACUUCUGCUACGUCUUCAUGGUGGAGCUGGAGCGAGGCCCCUCAGGGCUGGGGAUGGGCCUAAUUGACGGCAUGCACACGCCCCUGGGGGCCCCCGGGCUCUACAUCCAGACCCUGCUCCCGGGCAGCCCUGCGGCGGCCGAUGGCCGGCUGUCGCUGGGGGACCGCAUCCUGGAGGUGAACGGCAGCAGCCUGAUGGGCGUCAGCUACCUGAGGGCUGUGGACCUGAUCCGGCACGGCGGACAGAAGAUGCGGUUUCUGGUUGCCAAGUCGGACGUGGAAACAGCCAAGAAGAUCCGCUUCCGCCCACCCCCUCCCUAGGUGGCCCUGCCCCUGCGCCCCGAGGCUCGACCUGGCCGCCACCUCCUCCAGCUGGUCCCUGUGGUCCGUCCGUCACCUUCAGCACGGGCCGCUCCUCGCCCUGUGGAUAAUGUACAUCUCAGUGUAUAUUUUAUUUAUAUGACGGGUGACAGUCGUGCUGUUUGUUACAGAGCUUUAUGUUUGGAGAUUUUAAUGGAGAAGCAUAGAUUCAAUAAACUAUCUUUCAUAUUCCUA